UUUACCCGACGUCCCAUCAUCGCGAACUAACAGAACGAUUACGACACCCUUUAUUUCGAGCAGGGCAUGCCAUCCUCGUCGCUCUUAAUCAUGUGGUGGUCAAAUCGAUCCCAGCCGUCGCUUUUUGUUUUGCUUCCUCUUUUUAUGAUCGCAGUCUUCGGUUCCUUGACUACAGAGGCGCUCGACGAGGAAUAUCAAUUUUCGAAGAUAAAUCUUAUUGACGUAGCUAAUUUAAGUACUUCUGUGGCUCUUCAUUCUGCGAAAUUAAGAGCUACGAAGUUUCAACUUACCGUGCAACCGUGGGAACGAAGGCAAGGGGGUGAAGAAGUGCGACGACCCAGGUCGACAGAAAACGGUUCGGAGUCAGCCGAGCGCUUCGUGAGCGUGAACGGUUCAUGCUUCGCCCUUGGUCGACGAUUUUUUCCCGCCAUUGGCUGGAAUACAUACACUCUAAUUGAACAGGCAGCACAAAUACCUGUCGGUUCAUUUGCGUUCAACUAUUCCUGCUCCGGGCGACGGCAAGUUACUGAUAUGUUUGAUGCUGCUGUUGCUGCGGGAUUCAACACUGUACGUACGUGGGCCUACAGCGUUGGCGAGAAUCAAUCUUUUCAAGUAGCACCGGGAGAAUAUUACGAGCCUUUGUUUCAGGGAUUAGAUUGGGUAAUUCAGCAGGCUUCUCUGCGCGAUAUCAAGCUUAUCCUUGUUUUUACGGACUAUUGGGAGUACAACGGUGGCGUUGCACAAUAUCUUGAUUGGGCAGGGUCACGCGCCCGAACUAAAAAUGAUUUCUUUUCGAAUAGCAAAUGCAAAAUGAUGUACAAAAACAAUAUUCAGAGGAUACUCGAACGCAUCAACACUUAUACCGGUGUUAGGUAUCGGCAUGACAAAUCAAUUAUGGCAUGGGAGUUGAUAAACGAGCCAAGAUGUCGUAACUGUCCUGAGGAGUUACAAGACUGGCUAGAGGAGAUGGCACACUUCGUGAAGUUCUUAGACAGAACUCACCUUCUUUCGACUGGAGAAGAAGGUUUCUACUCUAUAGGAUCAGGAGGUAGUGUUGAUGCCAAUCCAGAAGUGUGGUCAUUGACUACUGGCCAGGACUUUGUUGCAAAUCAUGCCAUACCAGAGAUUGAUUUUGCAGUGGCGCACCUGUGGCCGGACAACUGGGGAGUAUUUACCCUUGGCCUGCCUGCAAGCUUCUCAGAGACGUGGUUGGUCAAGCAUAAGUCGGAUUCACGCGCUAUUUUAGGCAAGCCUUUCUUGCUAGAAGAAUUCGGCACAACAGGAAAUGGACAGCUGUCUGCUGUUGACCAAGUUGGGUCGCGAUUCGCAACCACAGCAGAGCGAGCCCCCCGUUCAGUUGCGGUGGCUGAAUUUUACCGCAGCAUUUUUAAGCAGGUUGAGCUCGACAACGAAAAUGAAUACGCAAUUGCAGGUGACAUUUCAUACUCUAAUACACCAGUGUCACGUUAA